AAUGUCCUGGACGUGGCAAAGGAGGCAAAGUGAAGGGGAAGGCCAAGAGCCGUUCUUCCCGCGCCGGACUGCAGUUCCCCGUGGGUCGUAUUCACCGUCUGCUGAGAAAGGGCAACUACGCCGAGAGAGUGGGAGCAGGCGCUCCCGUGUACUUGGCUGCCGUUCUUGAGUACUUGGCCGCAGAAGUCUUGGAGUUGGCAGGCAACGCUGCCCGCGACAACAAAAAGACCAGAAUCAUUCCCCGUCAUCUGCAGCUGGCCAUCCGCAACGACGAAGAAUUGAACAAACUCCUGUCCGGCGUGACCAUCGCGCAGGGUGGUGUCCUGCCCAACAUCCAAGCCGGUGCUCCUUCCCAAAAAGACACAGAAAGCCGCCAAGUAAAAAGAUCCUAUAGCAGUUGA